AAAUCAACACUCCUAUUUUGGACGCGAACCAAUAACAGGGCUGCGUAGUUUGAAUAACGGAAAAACUGGUCUUCGGCGGCAAGAUAAAUCGGGUAAUAACGCUUUUAACCGCCCCCCAAGGCGGAGUUCCAGCAACAUGCACCUUUUUCCCAACAUGAACAGAACCUUCACUCACCACCGCAACCGUUUAGAGAUACGAACUGUAACACGUGCUUUACUGUGUGGAAUCGUGAUUUUAAUACCGAUUAUCAAUUACCUAUACCGAAUAGUGUACUAUAGUGACAAUAUGUGAUCCCUCAUGACCGUAUAGUAAAACGAUAUGGUGAUGUGUUUCUCCAAACAUGACUGACUGCAGUGCAAAGUAAACUAUAGUGCGAAAUCUUUGAAGAUGCAAGACACUGAUAUACCAUCACCAAGCACAUCGCCACCAGAAAUGUCACCGUACCUAAUUUCAAAAUACAGCAGUCCCAUUUCAUCACGUUCACCUAGUCCAUCGCUUCCUGAACAUUCUCAAGUCGAAGACGACUCCAAGUACAUCUCAGAAGACGAAAUAAGCGUCGGCUGCCCAAGUCCGGCGAUUAACGUCAACGCGGAAAGUCGCAGCCCAAGUUAUCUGAAUACGACGGCAACGUGCCGAUCCGACAACUGUCGCUGCGGCAAAGAGUCAGAAGUUGAAGACUACUUUAAACCCCUAAAGAAGCUGAAAAUGGUGCGACUAUCCGCCGAACAACGAAUAUCGCCAACGCUCGAAGUGCACGACAGGUCGGAAGGCGUUAAGAGUUUUUCAAUCGAGGACAUUCUUAAUCACAAACCCGCCAAGUCUUUGCUAAAUAGUAAAAUAGUGCGCCCGUGGGACUUGGAUCCGGAAAUCGAAGCACAGCAAAGUUUGGAACGAUUUCACAGACAUUUAAAGGCCCAACAGUUAGCACUGUUGCGACCUGAGUUUGCAUUUAAUGUUAGUUAUACGUCAGAAACGGGAAGUGAUCGGUCUUCUAGUGUUACCAGCGACUGUUGCUCACCGGAUAUUGUGACGAGUACCGCGAUCCAAAGACAGAAACACCAUCAGAACAACAAGCAACUCGGAGCUACUCCUUUAGACGCUCUCUUCCAAAUGACAUCCAAAACCUUCGAUUCAAGCACAGGCGAAUCAAGUGCUGAUGGCCAAAACCACCUAAACCUGUUCAACAACCGGCAGCAACCGAAAAAGAAGCGGAAGUCGCGCACGGCCUUCACAAAUCAUCAAAUUUUCGAAUUAGAAAAACGAUUCCUCUACCAAAAGUACCUUAGCCCAGCGGAUCGUGACGAGAUCGCGCAAUCUCUCGGACUUACGAACGCACAAGUGAUAACAUGGUUUCAAAAUCGUCGUGCGAAACUGAAACGGGACAUGGAAGAGCUUAAAAAGGACGUCGAAAGUACGAAACUACUACACGCGCAUAAAAGUUUCCUCGAAAAUGUACAAGAUUUGGGAAUUUUAAAGAAAAAAGUUGUGAAUGACGAUGAUUGCCCGAAAAAUUUAGUGGUCUCAUCGGAUAAAUAGUGUGUACUUAAGAGGAAAUUUACGCAAAUAUUACUUUUAGUCUAAAUUCCGUUAAGUAAUACUUGUGUCUUAUAUGCCGUUGUGUUUUCAUUCAAACGCAUUCCGAAUUACGUUACUAAUUCAAAUUUUUAUAGAAACAAGAGUAUGAUCGGCGAGUAGAUGAAGAAUGCCACACAUCGACUUCCUUUAUUUGAUUUUAUCCGAUUUGGAUCAAAAUUGCAACGACUCUCCCACUUGUAUAUAGUUCCCCAAAAAAUUAAGCGACGUUCGAUUUUGUACAAAUGUAAAUAAUGUAUUUAGAUAGAUUUCGUAAAUGUUGAUCUAUAUAUGUGUAUGUAAACACAACUCUGUUAUAUUAAUGUUAAUAAUUUAUUGACGUCGAUUAGACGGGUAACUGCAAUAUUUUAUUAGUGUACAGUAGUAAGCUUUAGUAUUUUUCAUUGUGGA